AUGGCGAGCACGAAAGUUCAAAGGAUUAUGACCCAACCUAUCGGUUUUGACGAAUACAUGAAUCUAGUGUUGGAUGAGGCCGAAGAAGUGAGCAUCAAGAAGAACACCAGAAAACCACUUGGAAGGAUUUUACUUAAAGGAGACAACAUAACUCUGAUGAUGAACGCGUAA